GUAAGUCAAGUUGAGACGAUGGUUCGUGCUCUUGUUAGUGUGUUGCUCUUGAUAGUGGCUGCAUUCGUAGCAGGAUGCUGUGCACUGUCGGAGCAAAUAGGAAGUGGUAGUUCAAAAUCUGAGGCAUUGAUAACAGGCAAUGAGUCGUGUGGUCACCGUCACUAUGAAAGUGCUUUCCCCAUUGAUACUCGCUUGUAUGAGCACCCCUGGUUAGUACUAUUCGGCUACAAACAAAAGGAUGUUGUGAGUUAUGUUUUUCAAGGUCUGUUGAUACACCCAAAAUACGUGCUAACCACGGUGUUUGUCGCUCAAUUUAAAGGUUUAGGUCAACUCUCAUAUGCACGAAUCGGCGAUCAUAAUACAUCAACCGUAUCUGAUUGUGAACAGCAGAUCUCAGGGGAAGAAACAUGUGCUCCACAAGUGCAAACUAUUCAUAUCGAUGAACUUAUUGUUCAUCCCGACUAUAAUAGUUUUCAACAAGUAAAUGACGUUGCUCUGGUUAAGCUAAGGAUUCCAGCUAAUAUCGAUGGGAUCUCCGUCGCACAGAUAUGUCUAAACCGUGAAUCAAAUAUUCAAAGUUCCUUCCUGUUAGUAGCGGCCUGGUGCGGCCGAAGAGAAACCGGAUUAUCGUUGGUUCCUAAGCAAUACUUUAUGAAAGCCAUCACUCCAUACGAGUGUCAACGUCGGAUGCCCCAUCAUACCAUAUCGCUAGCGAAUGAAAUGUUUUGCGUAAUUUUUGAUGAGAGACACACGCAACCAACCGAAGUGGCACUAGAACCUAAUCUACGUGGUGGAAGCGGCGCUCCUGUUUACACGGUGUAUGAAGAUAAUAGGAUUUUAUUAAUUGGUUUGCUUUCCUAUGGACCACGUUACCCAGCAAAAUUGCACGAACCGUACAUCAUAACUCCCGUAGCUCCGUUCUACAAUUGGAUUUCGGAAAUAAUUGGGGGAGAUCUGGAAAAACACAUGUACAAGACGUUGAUUUAA